AUGUCGUCUGCAGUAGCAGAGCUAGAUGGCUAUCUCCAUUCCAUGCUUUCCUUGAAGCCGCCAGGUGUAUCAGGAUCCAAAAUUAAUGGCAUCACGUCGCUAUGCACUGCCAAUAUUCAGUCCGAAUCAGUUUUGAUGCAGAAAAUCUAUACCCACUUUAAACGAGCACCGGGAACACACAAGUUGGGCGUACUCUAUGUCGUAGACUCUGUAACUCGACAAUGGGUAGACUUAGCACGCAAAGCCGGCCAGCAAGUUGGCGGCAGCUCUCCAGAUGGAACUUUUGCUGCGGGCGUUAACCGAGUGACCGAGCUUCUCCCAGUCCUCAUGACUGAUAUCAUAAACAAUGCUCCUGAAGACCAAAAGGACAAAAUCAAAAAGUUGGUGGACAUCUGGGAGCGUGGAUACACAUUUCCUGCUCCUAUGCUACAAUCUUUCAAAGAAAAGCUAAAUGCUCCAGUAUCUCAAAAUGUUGAAUCUACAACUCCAGAGGGAUCACCGGCACCAAAUGCGUUUACAUUAGGUGGUGGUCAACAGCAGCAGCAACAACAACAACCAGGCGCCCCAGCUGCUGCCGCAGUGCCUGAUACGUCCAGUAUCUUGAAGGCUCUCGCGGAAAUGGCGAAGCAAAACACAGCUGCUCCAGCUGCCCCGGCCAUUCCAGCACAGACUAGUUCCAGUAAUGUAUUAAACGCACAGGCUGCAAUCCCUCAAACAAAUGCCCCGUCUGUAGAUCAGACUGCGCUACAAUCUAACGGGCACUCCGUAAAUCCCUAUGCUGGAAACCUUGCCGCCCAAUUCCCUGGUUUGACCAAUGCAGCCACCCAGAAUAUGUUCCAAAGUCAACCCCAAGGACCAGCCGCUGGUACAGCUGGGUUUCCCGCUCAGAAUCCGCUUGCACAUUUGAUGCAGCAGCAACAGCAGCCGGUCGCUCCCGCUGCUACUCCUGAUGCCCUCCAGCAACUAAAUCUGCUCCAACUCCUCGCCGCGCAGGGUAUUCCACAGGAACAGUGGGGGACUGCCCUUCAAAUAUUAAGUCUUUCCAACGCAGCUAAUGCUGGUGGCAUGGGUAAUAUGAAUCCAGCUGCAUUGGCAGCCUUUGGUCAAAUGCCCGCAGCGAAUCAAAAUGCAUGGGGGUCAACUGCACAGGAUACCUCAUCACGUGACAGAGACCGGGACCAGGACUAUACGCGCUCUCCUCCUGGACAGUAUCGUCGUCGUUCGAGGUCUCCUGGAUGGGAUAGACGCCGUGAAGGGUCUCCUCCCCGUCGCCGCGAUAGCCCUGUGUAUGGUGAAUACCACGGUGACUCGCCUGGCCGUAGCCGCGGUGAGCAUGGAAGGGGAGGUCGUCGUGGGAACGACUACCGCCAGCGUAGCCCAGCUGGCAGGCGCCGUCGAAGCCCAACUCCGCCUCGCAAGGAUAACAUCUUACCUCCUCCGGGACCAAAGUUCAUCGACUACGAUUACUCGAUUGGCGAUGGAAACAUUAAAGUGCUGAGCCGAACAUUGUUUGUUGGCGGUGUCACAUCUUCCGAGUCUCACCUCCGUUCGCUCUUUUCUCGUUACGGUACUGUUCAAACAUGUAUUGUCAACACUGACAAACGACAUGCGUUCGUCAAGAUGGUCAAUCGGCGCGAUGCCGUGACUGCUCGCGAGGGAAUGGAGCAGUACAAAUCCGGCGACAUGCAGCUUAGGACACGUUGGGGAGUCGGGUUUGGACCCCGUGACUGCAGCGACUACCAUACGGGCGUCAGUAUCAUCCCAGUUGAUCGGUUGACCGAGGCCGAUCGCAAAUGGAUGCUCACAGCCGAGUACGGUGGUACCGGCGGCAAAGCCAUCGAGAAUGGAAUGGUCGUCGAAGAGCCUGAUAUCGAGAUCGGUGCCGGUGUUUCCUCCAAAGCCAUAAGCCGUCGCAUGGCCACUGACCAAGGAGGCAAGCGUGGGCCCCAGUCCAGCCGCUACGGCCAUGAUCGUUUCCGCCGCAACGACCGUGGUGGUGAUGACGGCCAUAACAGCGGAAGCGGCGACCACGACCGUGACGCCGCAUCUGGCGUGAAUGCCAACGCCAUCGGUGUCCCUCCGGCCGUUCCAGGCUUCGGAUUCUCCUUCCCAGGCAUGCCAAUGUUCCCGCCCGGAUUUAUACUCCCUGGAACUCAGCCAUCCACCUCCGGAGCCCCAUCACAACCGCCCACCCAGGGUCAGUGA